UUCUCAAUUGGAAUUCUGAGCGAUUGGUAAUGAAUAAUAUAACGAAAACAUCGGAUAAUGUAGCGGACAUGCUGCAGUCGUGUCGCUGCUGCUUGCGGCGGCCUCCUGACAAGGGCCUGACCACACUGUACACACAUCUCGACAAAAGUGAGAUAUAUUCCGAUAUGCUCAAUGAGUGCUUCAAUAUACAUGUUGUUCAGGUCAGCGAUGGUGGUAUCUGUGAGGUGUGCGUGAAGAGUCUCCGAGACGCUAACAACUUCAAGUUACAAGUGCAGCACAGUCAGACCAAGCUGCAGGAAGCUUUGCUUGUUAAAAAUGAAGGAGCUGCAGUCAAAUUGGAAAAUGAUGAUGACACGAACGACGAUGCAGCAUUUUUUGGAGAAUCCUCUUUCAAAACAGAGACAAGGGAAAAAGUCAUUGCAGUUUCAUUGGACAGCACGGAUGAUACUUUCUUUCAUGAGACGAAGAAAAUAUGCAAAAACGAGAAGAGACUCAAGAGUGAGAAAUCCAACUACAGUGACACUGAGCGCAAAGAAUCUGGCCACACCCCUACACCCAAGAGAAGAUACGAAUGUGAUUCUUGCGACAAAAGUUUUAAUUUAAAACAGAAUCUACUUAGACAUAUACGUACUCAUACCGAUCAAAGAAAAUUCUCUUGUCACAUAUGCAAAAAACGAUUUACUACACAAUCUUAUUUGGAUAGACAUAUCUCAGUACACACCGGAGAUAAAUUAAAUUCAUGUCAUAUAUGCCACAAAAAGUUUACGUAUAAAUUUCGUUUAAAUGCCCAUUUGAAACGCCACAUCACUGCGUUUUCGUGUGAAACGUGCAAUAAACAGUUUUCAAAACAAUAUGACUUGGAUGUUCAUAAGCGUGUACACACGACGGACAAACCUUACAAAUGUGAGGUGUGCAAAAGAGGGUUUAAAUAUGAAUGUACUCUAAAAGUUCACAUCAAAAGUCAUACUGAAGGAUAUAAAUUCUCUUGUGAUGUUUGUCAAAGGCAGUUUCCACAGCGGUCAAAUUUGAUCAAACAUAAAUUGACUCAUACUGGAGAAAAACCUCACUGCUGCGAUGUAUGCAAAAAACCAUUCGCAUUAAAGAGCUCAUUGCGCAAACAUAUGGUAACACAUACAGGGGACUAUCGUUACUCCUGCGAGAUUUGUAACAGAAAAUUUCCAGAAAAAUAUGUUCUGAACUUGCACAAACGCGUGCACACAGGGGAAAAGUACUCCUGUGGAAUAUGCAAAAAACAAUUUACAGUAUACAGUACGUUAUAUGCUCAUAUGGUUACGCACACGGGAAAUAAGUUAUUCUGUUGUGAUAUUUGUGGAAAACAGUUUAUGCGUAAGGCCGACCUAACCAGGCACAUUAAUGGGCAUAAAGGGAUAAAGCCAUUUUCCUGUUCAAUAUGUAAUAAGCGAUUCUUAGAAAAAUGUACUUUAAAAGCUCAUAAUUUAAUUCAUACAGGGGAAAAAUCUUACUCGUGUGAAGUAUGUCUGAAGCCGUUCCGAACAAAAACUAAUUUAAAAGGCCACAUGCUGACUCAUGAUGAGGUUAAACAGCAUUCAUGUGAGGUUUGUAAUAAGCAGUUUAGACAUAAGAACGCGUUGAUCGUUCACAGUCGGAUCCACACUGGACAGAGGCCUCACUCGUGUGAUAUAUGUAACAAAGAGUUCAAAGUGCUGUCCACUUUAAAGUUUCAUUACCGCACUCACACUGGUGAGAAACCUUAUACAUGUGAAAUUUGCCAUAAGAAAUUCGCACAUCCGUCAGGUUUCAGAAAGCAUAAACGUAGACACAAAGAGAAAUGCAAUCCUUGGUGAAAUUUGAUCUCAGUGUUCUGAUAGUAAAAAAAAUGUUAUUUAUUUUCAAAUGUGUUCUUCAGUAUCUAUGUAUAAAAACAAUUUGAAUAAAA